CCAGGCGCUGUCCACGCAGCGGGGGUGCUGAAGCUGAACAAGAUGUCUGUGUGUUGGGGAGCGGAGAGCUGAGAGAGAAGGGAGCAAAAGAGUCUCAAAUUUAGACAGGCACGUCAUAAAAGAAAGACACAGAGGAUUGCGACGCUGGCGUUCACUCUCGAAGUGUGAAGGGUUUUAUUUUUGUCUGGCGUAACGAGCCCUGCCGGGCCCUGUCUCUUCUCGCGACGGCAGGCUUCUCCAUCUCCAUCUCCAGCCCAGCGAUUCAUUCCCAGGCUCUAUAUUGCACAGAUUAGCUCAAUUACGGAAGCUGGUGAAGGAGCUGGACCCUGUACUAAAGGCGCAUAUAAGAAAUGUCAUUGCUGUGUGUUGGAGUGAAGAAAGCCAAGCUUGAUGGACCCCAAGAGAAAUUUAACACAUACGUGACCCUGAAGGUGCAGAAUGUUAAGAGCACUACCAUCGCUGUGCGCGGCAGUCAGCCAUGCUGGGAGCAGGAUUUCAUGUUCGAAAUAAACCGCCUGGAUCUGGGCCUGACAGUGGAGGUGUGGAAUAAAGGGCUGAUCUGGGACACCAUGGUGGGCACCUUAUGGAUCCCACUGCGAAGCAUACGGCAGUCCAAUGAGGAGGGCCCAGGCCAGUGGCUGACCCUGGACUCGAAUGCGAUCAUGGCUGAGAAUGAGAUCUGUGGAACCAAAGACCCGACCUUUCACCGGCUGCUGCUCGACACCCGCUUUGAACUGCCACUAGACAUUCCAGAGGAAGAGGCCAGAUACUGGGCAAAGAAACUUGAACAACUAAAUGCCAUGAGAGAUCAAGAUUAUCAAGAAGAACAGGAGCGACCACUCCAUGCACCGACCACACAGUGCUGUAAUUGGAGCCUGUGGGGAGAGCAGCAAAACGAGGAUCCAGACAGCGCCGUGGACGACAGGGACAGCGACUACCGCAGUGAAACCAGUAACAGCAUCCCGCCUCCCUACUACACCACCUCCCAGCCCAACGCUUCCAUGCACCAGUAUCCCAUGAGGCAUCAGCACUACAGACACCCCUACAAUGAUGACAUCCAUGAGCUGGACUACGACCACAGAGCCAUGAGACGCUAUGAUAGUUUAGACUCGGCCACCAACGGGCACAGCGAUAUCGACUCAGGCUCAGGGUCGAGCCGGCGCACCAGUCGUCAGUAUUCUCUAGACAGUAGGCAUUCACUGUCCGAUAGUCCCACAGACAGUCGUUAUGCUUCGUCAGGUGAACUGAGUCGAGGCAGCUCUCAGCUCAGCGAGGAGUUUGUUCCUGAGGAUGGCGAGAGCUUGCGAGGUUCAGAGUUCUACGAUGAAAACGACUCCUACCACUCCUGCCACUCCUCCGUCAGCUACGGCAAAGAGGAUUCCCCAGUCUGGGAUGGUGAGGACCACCAAGGCGUCUACAGCGACGAGGGAGGCUACCUCAAAGAUGGAGGGGAAGAGGGGGCGCUGUAUGCCGAAGAGGAGGGUGACAUGUACAGGGAGGAAGGAGAGUACAACUACGAAGAUGAGGAGGAGAUGCCUUAUGAGGAAGAUGAAGAUAUGUAUCCACUUGACGGCACACUCAGUGAAGACCAGGAGCUGCCCUACACCCCCACACCCACAAGCACUGCCCCCACCCUGUUGCCCCCCUCUGAUGGGUUGUCCUCCACCAGGCCACCGCUGGAGAAGCAGGCGUCGUUGCAUCAGCAGCGGCCAGCCCAUGAUCAGCUCCAGCCCCCCAGCACAGCCCCUGGUCUACCUCCAGUCACACAGGAAGACACAUUGCCCCCUUUCAGCGCAGAAUCCACCAAGCCUCUAUUUGCACCCACUCAGCCAGCUCUGUCUACCACCACUGCAUCCACCCCCACGACUACAUCACAGGUUCCAGCUCCAGAUACCAGGUCCCUGGAGCCUGAGCCCAAGUCUGAGGUGCCGCUGGAGGUAUCUCGACUCCCCGAGCAGCCCCCAGAGGCAGAGAGUGUCCCUCCAGCUCCUGAAGAGAAAACAGAGGAGCCACCUGUUCCAAGCUUCCCAAAGAGGGAAAUCAUGGAGCCUGGUCCUGCCAGAGCCAAAGCCAACUGGCUUCGACUUUUCAGCAGAGUACGACUACAGCUGCAAGAGGCCCGAGGAGAAAGUGUUGGCAUCGCCUCUCUGCUUUUAUCAGCAGGGAUGGGUGGCGCUCUGUAUAGCAUUGACAGCAUGCCAGAUCUCAGGAAGAGGAAAGCUAUGCCUCUGGUCAGAGAUCUGGCUAUGUCCUUGGUUCAGAACUCCAGGAAGGCAGGCAUUACCUCGGCCCUGACGUCCAGCACCCUGCAUAACGAAGAACUGAAAAGUCAUGUCUACAAGAAGACCCUCCAGGCCCUCAUAUAUCCCAUCUCCUGCACCACCCCACACAAUUUUGAGGUGUGGACAGCAACCACGCCCACUUACUGCUACGAGUGUGAGGGACUGCUGUGGGGUAUUGCUCGCCAGGGUAUGCGCUGUACCGAGUGUGGAGUCAAAUGCCACGAGAAGUGCCAAGAUCUACUCAAUGCUGAUUGUCUGCAAAGAGCAGCAGAGAAGAGCUCCAAACAUGGUGCAGAGGACCGAACCCAGAACAUCAUCAUGGUUCUUAAAGAUCGCAUGAAGAUCCGCGAGAGGAACAAACCUGAGAUCUUUGAACUCAUUCAGGAGGUGUUCACCAUCGUCAAGGCCACCCACGUCACCCACAUGAAGCAGAUCAAACAGAGCGUGCUCGAUGGCACCUCUAAAUGGUCGGCCAAGAUCAGCAUCACAGUGUUGUGUGCCCAGGGUUUACAAGCCAAGGAUAAAACUGGUUCCAGUGAUCCUUAUGUCACCGUCCAGGUGGGAAAGACCAAAAAGAGGACCAAGACCAUCUAUGGCAACCUGAACCCUGUCUGGGAGGAGACAUUUAAUUUUGAAUGUCACAACUCCUCAGACCGCAUCAAGGUGCGAGUGUGGGAUGAGGACGACGACAUAAAGUCUCGUGUUAAGCAGAAGUUCAAGCGGGAGUCAGAUGACUUCCUCGGACAAACUAUUAUCGAGGUCCGCACUUUGAGCGGAGAGAUGGACGUCUGGUACAACCUGGACAAGCGUACAGACAAAUCAGCUGUGUCUGGAGCUAUCCGCAUGCACAUUAAUGUAGAGAUCAAAGGAGAGGAGACGGUCGCCCCCUAUCACGUUCAGUACACCUGUUUGCAUGAAAACCUCUUCCACUAUGUGACAGAUAUCCAGAACAACGGUGUGGUGAAGAUUCCUGAUGCCAAAGGAGAUGAUGCAUGGAAAGUCUAUUUUGAGGAGACUCCUCAGGAGAUUGUAGAUGAGUUCGCCAUGCGUUAUGGAGUGGAGUCCAUCUACCAGGCAAUGACUCACUUUGCCUGCCUGUCAUCUAAGUACAUGUGCCCAGGUGUGCCUGCAGUGAUGAGUACCCUACUGGCUAACAUCAAUGCCUACUACGCUCACACCACCCAGGCAACGAACAAUGUCUCUGCCUCUGACCGCUUUGCUGCUUCUAACUUUGGGAAAGAGCGAUUUGUCAAGCUUCUAGACCAGCUUCACAACUCUCUGAGGAUUGACCUAUCCAUGUACCGAAACAACUUCCCUGCCAGCAGUCCCGAGAGGCUGCAGGACCUCAAGUCCACAGUGGACCUCCUCACCAGUAUCACCUUCUUCAGAAUGAAGGUCCAAGAGCUUCAAUCUCCACCCAGAGCCAGUCAGGUAGUGAAGGAUUGUGUCAAAGCCUGUCUCAACUCCACCUACGAGUACAUCUUUAAUAACUGUCAUGAGCUGUACAGCCGCGAGUAUCAGACAGACCCGGCCAAACAGGGUGCUGUGCCUCCAGAGGAGCAGGGACCUAGCAUCAAGAAUCUGGAUUUUUGGUCCAAACUCAUCACACUUAUCGUCUCCAUUAUCGAGGAGGACAAGAACUCCUACACUCCCUGCCUAAACCAAUUUCCCCAGGAGCUCAACGUGGGUAAAAUCAGUGCUGAAGUGAUGUGGAACCUGUUUGCUCAGGAUAUGAAGUAUGCCAUGGAGGAACAUGAAAAAAACCGGUUGUGCAAGAGUGCAGAUUACAUGAACCUGCACUUCAAGGUCAAGUGGCUGUACAACGAGUACUGCAAGGACCUGCCCUUCUUCAAGAGCAGAGUGCCUGAAUAUCCUGCAUGGUUUGAGCCAUUUGUCAUUCAGUGGCUGGAUGAAAAUGAGGAAGUGUCUCGGGACUUUCUGCAUGGCGCUUUGGAGAGAGACAAAAAAGAUGGGUUCCAGGUCACAUCAGAACAUGCUCUGUUCUCCUGUUCGGUGGUAGACGUGUUUUCCCAGCUCAACCAGAGCUUUGAGAUCAUCAGGAAGCUAGAGUGUCCGGAUCCACAGAUCGUAGGACACUACAUGAAGCGAUUUGCUAAGACGAUCAGCAAUGUGCUACUGUCCUACGCCGAUAUCAUCUCCAAGUUGUUUGCUAACUAUGUCACCAUGGAGAAAGUGCCCUGCAUCCUGAUCAACAACAUCCAACAGCUGAGAGUUCAGCUGGAGAAGAUGUUUGAAGCCAUGGGUGGAAAAGAUCUGUGUGUGGAGGCCAGUGAUAUCCUGAAAGACCUGCAGGUUAAGCUCAACAAUGUCAUGGAUGAUCUCAGCAGGGUCUUUUCUGUCAGUUUCCAGCCUCACAUAGAGGAGAAUGUGAAGCAGAUGGGAGACAUCUUGGCUCAGGUGAAGGGAACCUCAAAUGUGGGAAAUGCCAGCAGCGUGGCCCAGGAUGCUGACAACGUCCUGCAGCCCAUCAUGGAAUUCCUGGACAGCAACCUGACUUUAUUUGCUAAGAUCUGUGAGAAGACUGUGCUGAAACGUGUGCUGAAGGAGCUGUGGAAGCUGGUGAUGAACACCAUGGAGAAGACCAUCGUUCUGCCGCCACUCACAGACCAAACGAUGAUUGGGAGGCUGAAGAGUGCUUCUCACAGUGAUGGUACUCAGCUCAUCUUUAACGCUGCCAAGGAGCUGGGACAGCUAUCCAAGCUGAAGGAGCACAUGGUUCGUGAGGAGGCCAAAGCGCUCACACCUAAGCAGUGCGCUGUGAUAGAGCUGGCCCUGGACACCAUCAAGCAAUAUUUCCAUGCUGGUGGUGUGGGUCUGAAGAAGACUUUCCUGGAGAAGAGUCCUGACCUCCAGUCUCUCCACUACGCCCUGUCCCUCUACACGCAGGCUACAGACAAACUCAUUAGGACCUUUGUCCAGUCACAGAACACACAAGUGUUCGGCGGGAAGGGGGUGAGGUUCACCACUAGUGAGGAUGUUUACCCAGAGAAGGGCUCUGGGGUGGACGAUGCUGUGGGAGAGGUGUCCAUCCAUGUGGAGAUUUUCACUCACCCAAACACCGGAGAGCACAAGGUCACAGUGAAAGUGGUGGCUGCCAAUGACCUGAGGUGGCAGACGCAGGGAAUAUUCCGGCCAUUUGUGGAGGUCUACAUCAUCGGCCCUCACCUCAGCGACAAGAAGAGGAAGUACGCCACCAAGUCGAAGAACAACAGCUGGGCUCCCAAAUACAAUGAAACCUUCACUUUCACCCUGAGUAACGAGGUGGGCCCUGAAUGCUAUGAGCUGCAGGUGUGUGUGAAGGACUACUGCUUCGCGCGAGAGGACCGCACCGUGGGCAUGGCCGUGCUGCAGCUGAAGGACAUGGCCUCCAAAGGCAGCGUCGCCUGCUGGCUGCCACUGGGUAAACGCAUCCACAUGGACGAGACGGGCCUCACUGUCCUGCGUAUCCUCUCCCAACGCAACAACGACGACGUGGCCAAGGAGUUCGUCAAGCUCAAGUCUGACCAGCGCUCUGCAGAGGAGGGCCGCAGCUAAGAGAAACGACAGAAUUUAAAACAACUCGUCUGAAGCUCAAUCAGACGUUGCCACAAACUGGGCCGGAUCUCUCCUGAGCCACUGCUAGCCACUGCCCUGAUGAUCCAGUGUUUUAAAAGCACAGAUAAGACAACAGUCACCACACAUCCAGUGCUGUAAAUACAUUCAUUUCAGUGGAAAGGACACAGUGCUAAACAGUCAUCACUAAUUUUCUUCAAAAAGCACCAGUGUCUUUAUUGUUGCAGAUGCUAUUGGCCAUCCUUUUGAUGAACAAUACAUAGAGUUUAAUCAUAGAGCAUAUAUCUACUUUCCUCUGUCCGUAGAGGUGAGUCAUGUCAUUCCACACACACACACACACACACACACCUCAUUUGAUUGGUUAGGGUGAGAAAUAUCUUGUAGCCUUUAAUAUUUUAGGUUUCUCUCUUUUUCUUUCUUUUGACUUUCUUCUUUUUCUCACUUUUCUCUGCCUCUUUAGUUUACCCCUUCUACUUUCCAGUUCCUCUCGUCCCUUCCCUGGCAGGGACCACAAGUGCCAACAGAUAAUCGCUAAAAUAUGCCAAGACCAGCCCUGAGCACAACAGGACCAACUAUCCAACUGACCCAUUAAUAACAACAAAACGGCUGCAAGGCCUCAAACAUUCCAGAUAUCGAGUGGGGAUAUGGCAUAUUGGGAACAAAGCACUAUUUAGUUACGAUAAUUUUAAUAUUUAUUUACUGCUUUCUUCCAAAUUAUAUUUAUAUUUAAAUAAUUAUAUAUAUAUAUAUAUAUAUAUAUAUAUGUAUACAUAUCUAAUAUAUGAAGGACAUAUGUAAAGUUAUAUACAGGAUUUAUUCGAUGGACGUGUGGUACUUGAAAGAUUGUCCUUGUCCGUCUUUAUGUCUGUCUACCCUGUAACAGAGCACACUGCCUGACACCCUGAAUGCCUUCUGUCUUGUUGACCCUCGUACAGUGUGUCUGUCUCCUAUACAGCGACUGUAUAGAGAGAUUAUUCUGAUGAAAACACGCCUUCAUGCACUGUGAUUCAUCAGACUGUAUGUGUGUGAAAAUGAUCGUGUCCGAGUGUGAAUGUAUAAUCUGCGUUUGAGUACGUGUGAGUGUGUUUGUAAGAUGUUCUAAUGUUGGACCUCAUGUAGCCGCCCGUGCUGCCUGUUACCUGCAAAUGUAAUCACAGGAAGCCAUCACAAGCAAAGAACAUCACACUGAGAGGGGUGUUCAUAUUCACAUUAGAUUUUGGAGGAGGAUGCGACUUAGAUCUUAUGAUGGAUAUUUCCAUCUUUUUUUGGGUUACUAUAAACAUUCCACAGCCCAGUACUGACUGUGUGAGAGGUGCACAAAAGUAAAACUUGACUGCCAUCUCCUUUUCUUAAAGAAAAAACAACUUGACAAAUCAAAACCUGCAUGUAAGAAGAUGAUAAAAAAUAUGUACCUGAGAUCCUGUUUUGCAAAAGCAACAUGCUCUGAGGUCAAAUAUCUACGUGGGUUACAAAACCACGCAUCCUGCACCCCAGGGAGAGCACAAAGCACUAAUGAUCUACCACCCAUGAUCCCUAAUGAUCCAGCUGCAGAUGUGGUAACCUGAUACUGAGAAGUCAGACCUCUGCUAGAGGGCUGCAGAUCCAGACCACACCAGGUCUGGCACUGACGUUUAAAAGAGGGCCUGCAGUUUAGUAGAGAUGUAGUGUGAAGAUUUAGAAGCACAGGGUCCAUAAUGCACCCAUAAUAACACAUUUCUAUUCUGAUCUAUUUUGUUUUUGUUUUCCAGUAAUUGUUUAUGGAAUGACAGGAAUUACACACCAAGGUGUCAAAUUGUCCUACAGUUCAAAUAAUUUCUUUAAUCUAGUCAAUUUCAUGUGAAACGAAAUGUUCUGGAUUGACUAUUGACUGUCUAGCAUGUCUCUUAAUUCAACUUCUAUUUUCAUGAAUGCCCUUUUUAAAGAAAGAUUGAUCGGUUUAUUUAUCUAUAAGACAUGUGUAUGUUUAUUGUAAACAAAAAAGCAUCCAAGGUGAGGAAAUGUCCAAGUUUAAUAAUGACAGGGUGUUUUGUUUGUUGUUUCUAUUUCUGCUUCUUUUUAAGUUGCUACUGAUGAGGGCCUCUAGCACUUGAUCAUAAAUGAAUAAUUUAACAGACCCCCUCUUUUGAACAAGGUGUAAGAACUGAACUCUAUGCAUCUAAUCUAUAGAAAUCUAUGUAGAUGAGUCAUUUUUGAAGCAGUCUUAUAAUGUUUACAUUGUGGAUUAUUAUUCUUAUUAUAUCAGCACAAGUGUUUGUCUGAUAUGUUGUAAAAUGCUGUCUCUAUUGUAAUGGGCCAAAUAUCCCAGCUGUAGUAGAGCUGAUUAGAGACUGAAAUUAGUUUGUACAUCUUUUUGGCGCAGAGGAAAAUAAUAUGUAACGGAGAGAUCGGUUGUUGUUGUUCGGCAUUGUAAAUAGCUCAGAUGUAACAAACACAUGUCAGACUAUGUGAAGUGAAGUUUGCUGCUCUUUUGUAGACUUGAAUUUUUGCUCUGGGUGACUGGGCAGUUGGGAAUUAUGUGCGUGGGUGCCCAAUCUGGAUAUGUAGCUAUUAUUGAAAGAUAUAGGAAGGCCGUGUACACACUGGAGAUGAAUAACAAACAAUUUGCACAAAUCUGAUCAUUUAAUGGGCUUGAUUAAGAGCCAAAUAAAUACACCGCUAGCUUCUGACUUUUACACUGGCAUUAUAUACAGUCAUAUAGAUUAUACAAAGGAAAACUAACUAAAGUAAAUCUAAAUUUUCUGGUGUGUACAAGGUCUUUUAUUCAAGGGGGCAUCUGCACAGUCUUUUAAUAACUUUAAAUAACAGGUACACAACUGUCACAUAGCUGGAAAUGCCACGAAAAUAAAUCUUUAUUUAUUGCUGUUGACAAUGAUACUUUAGUAAUUCCUCCUCCUUCAGAGGCUGAGUUUGCGUGUUGGAACAGGGAUGCACACAGAAGUUAAGGACAAGGAUAAAUGUAGAAGCACAACAAAAAGCACACAGACACAAAGCGGACAGACAUGCAUGAUCUGUCUAGCUGACCAGGCCACACAGACAGACAUCUGCACAGCGACGCCGGUCCUGUACUUCAAUGGUGCAUGAUAGGAACAAUAAAACAAAAAGAAAAAAAUUUAUUGUGCCAGCACGCAUAAUUAUUUGAUGUUAAUUGCCAAUUGUUGUCUCCUUUAUUUUAAUAUUUCAUUAUUGUUUUCUAUUUUUCAAAUGUUUGUGAAUAUAUAAAUAUGUAUUACUGAUGUGUAGUGGUACAAAGUACUCGCAUGAGAAUUUUUUUAUACCUGAGAUGUUUCUAAUUUUUUGGGUUUUUUUAAUUCUGGUUGUUCUUAUUGGGGGUUGAGGUUACUGGGACUGCAGUCUCAUUGUGUUUCUGCUUCCAAUAAAAUAUGAAAAAAAGCUUAA